UCGCGGCUGAUACUUCUUCUUGGGACAAGAUUUGACGGAUCGCGUGUACAACAUCCGUGAUUGAUGACGAUGGCCGGCAUGUUUUGUGACGACACUCAGUGUGUCCUUCUCUAAAUAGGUUAUUAUGUGAGAUGUAAACAUUUGCAGAGGAACUUUCACGGAUUUUCUCCUUCUUUUAACCUUGCCAAAGGUGCUCGUGAGUGAUCAACGCGACUUUUGCAGUUACAAUGUGUUGCGACUUUGUGGAUAUAGGAAACUUUCACACUCACAUUGACACUUCUUAAGGAGCUUUGAACAGAUCUCAGACAGAUCAAGGAACUGAACUUUACAACAUGCCCAGUAGGAGCGGCUCGUGGGAAGCCCCGUUCUUACUCCUGCUUUCAUCUUUCUUCAGCGCCUACGUUUCAGCGGGUCUGGCGGGAGUCUCGGAAAGUUCCAAGUCUAGGUUUGUGGAGUCCGUAAAGCCGAUCGUUCAAAGGCCCUACUUUGAUGACGUAGGCCCCCGGAACGUCACCGCUGUCGUGGGGCAGUCUGCUUUGCUCAACUGUCGAGUGAAACACCCAGGCGACAGAACGGUAUCCUGGAUGCGUAAACGCGACCUCCACAUCCUGACCUCGAGCAUCCACACAUACACCGGCGACGCUCGCUUCAGCGUCCGCCAUCCGGAGCACAGCGACGACUGGGAUCUGCGCAUUACCUACGUGCAGAAAAGAGACGCCGGCGUCUACGAGUGUCAGGUGAACACGGAACCGAAGAUUAAUCUCGCCAUCAUGCUGAACGUUGAGGACGCGUCCUCUCUUGCUGCAACACAUCCGGACCCUCGCUCCAAAGACGCCCAAGCCACUAUAUCCGGUCCCUCCGAAGUGUACGUGAAGAAGGGCAGCACGAUAUCAUUAACGUGUUCAGUGAAUGUCCAUUCAACGCCGCCCUCAUCUGUGUUUUGGUAUCACGGCCAUUCCGUGGUAGAUUUCGACUCGCCCAGAGGCGGAAUUAGUCUGGAAACGGAGAAAACGGAGGCUGGCACCACCAGCAAAUUACUGGUCACCAAAGCUCUGCUUUCUGACUCGGGAAAUUACACUUGCAUGCCGUCCAACGCUAGUCCCGCAUCGGCCGUUGUUCACGUCCUCAAUGGGGAGCACCCGGCAGCGAUGCAGACGAGUCGGGCGGGCGUUCGACGUCAGAUGGCGCUUUUGGCGUCGCUCUCUCUGUUGGUGGUCACCGCAGUAAGAUGAUUACGCUGUCCUUAAUAAAUAUCAAUCAACGAUACGCUCAUGUAACGAACUAGUGGUACUAACUCGGUGUAAAUAUUAAACCAUAAUUUUAGUGAACUCAGGAGGUGAUAUAUUAUUCAAAUCAAUGAACAGGAUUUUUAUUUUAUUUCUGGUGCUAAACUGGACAUAAAAUGUUGCCACAUAAAAGGUUGUGAGUGUGACGAGGGAUUCGAUGAACGUCCAUUUUGUAUAUAGUGUGACCGGUUUGAUAUUUAAUAGACUAAAGCACUCUAGAUAAUUCUAGCAUUAUUCAUUGUAACUAUUAUUACAUGUUGAUAUUAUGUAGAUUUAUUGUUAUCAUUAUCAAAUUUUUAUUCGAGUCUGUUUCGUUUGCUCAUCCACGGUUUGUCUUUGCUCCUCACACCCUCGAUGUGAACUUUCAAUGCCACCUUUCCAUUCGGUUGUAAACUUUUAUCCUAAGAAUUUAUACCGAGUCAGACUGUUUUAUGUGAAAUUUUAAAAUCCGUAACAGGAAUAUAUUUCGCUCACAACUGUGUAAUUUUUGAUUUAUGCAACGGCAAACUUGGUUGAAAUGCAGAAUCGUAUUGGAAACUUUCAAAAUCAAAUCUUGGCAAUAUUACUUCAGAUGAAAAAUUGUUAACUAUUCUAACAUUUUAUUCAUAUUUUUAUAAAAUCGUUCUACUGUGUAAUUAUUAAGGUGAAUCUCAA